AAGGAGGGGAAAAAUCAGCUUUUUGGAGAAGAAACCAAAGAAAUAAAUUCGAAACCCUAAAACUCCCAUUAGAAUUCGACAUUAAAGUAUCCGCCAUGACAAAGAAGAGAAAGCUCGAAGGAGAAUCUAACGAAGCGGAAGAACCGUCGCAGAAGCUGAAGCAGACGCCGGAGGAGGAGCAGCAGCUCGUUAUUAAAAAUCAAGCAGACGUCGAAGAAGUUGAAUACGAGGAAGUAGAGGAAGAGCAAGAAGAAGAAGUAGAAGAUGAUGACGAAGACGACGAUGACGAUGAGGAUGAGAAUCAGACGGCGGGUAAUCGUAUUGAGGCGGCGGCGACGUCUGGAUCUGGGAAUCAAGGGGAUGUAAAUGAUGAUAAUGAUGACGAUGAGCCAAUUCAGGAUCUGUUGGAACCGUUUUCAAAGGAACAACUUUUGAGUCUUCUUAAAGAAGCAGCAGAGAAGCAUCUUGAUGUAGCCAAUCGAAUCCGGGAAGUAGCUGAUGAAGACCCUGUUCAUCGAAAGAUCUUCGUGCACGGUCUUGGUUGGGAUACCAAAACAGAGACGCUUAUUGAAGCUUUUAAGCAGUACGGAGAGAUCGAAGAUUGCAAGGCUGUGUUUGAUAAGAUCUCAGGGAAAUCUAAAGGUUAUGGCUUUAUUUUGUACAAGUCUCGGUCAGGUGCUCGCAAUGCACUUAAGCAGCCUCAGAAGAAGAUUGGUAGUCGUAUGACGGCAUGUCAAUUGGCUUCUAAAGGACCUGUCUUUGGUGGAGCUCCUAUCGCUGCUGCAGCUGUCUCAGCGCCUGCUCAGCAUUCGAACUCUGAGCACACGCAGAAAAAGAUUUAUGUUAGUAAUGUUGGAGCAGAGCUUGAUCCACAGAAGUUGUUGGGGUUCUUCUCAAAGUUUGGAGAGAUUGAAGAAGGUCCUUUGGGUCUUGAUAAGUUUACUGGGAGACCUAAAGGUUUCUGUCUCUUUGUUUAUAAGUCUGCUGAAAGCGCCAAGAGGGCUUUGGAGGAGCCACACAAGACUUUUGAAGGUCAUAUCUUGCAUUGCCAGAAAGCUAUCGAUGGUCCCAAACCGGGCAAGCAGCAGCAUCACCAUAACCCACACGCCCACAACAAUCCUCGUUACCAAAGGAAUGAUAACAAUGGUUAUGGUCCGCCUGGAGGUCAUGGACAUCUCAUGGCUGGUAACCCAGCUGGAAUGGGUGGUCCAGCGACACAGGUGAUAAACCCGGCCAUUGGACAGGCCUUGACAGCUAUACUGGCAUCUCAGGGAGCUGGUUUGGCUUUUAAUCCGGCGAUUGGACAGGCUUUGUUGGGUUCCUUGGGGACAGCGACAGGCGUAAACCCGAAUGGAGUUGGAAUGCCAACUGGUUAUGGUACUCAAGCUAUGGCACCGGGGACAAUGCCUGGGUACGGUACACAACCUGGGUUGCAAGGUGGUUAUCAGACUCCGCAACCUGGUCAAGGCGGUACAAGCAGAGGGCAACAUGGUGUCGGGCCAUACGGUGCUCCUUACAUGGGCCACUAAAUGUAUCAUGUAUCCUCUCAGAUAUCAGAAAUCAGUGUUUUAAUAUUGGCCUGGUGAUUCUUCUCAAGUUUAUAAGGAGCUGAUGCAAAAUGAAGUCUUUAUGAAAUGUUACUCUUUGGUCGCUCCUAAGGCCAAACUCAUAAAAACCUUUUAAGGAGUUUUAGUUUUCAUCUACUUGUUUUUUUUACCCAAACUCUCUUUAUGGUAUUCCUAAAAAACUUUGUACUACUAUUUUCAGUGUUUAUGUCUCUACUUUUUCAGUUUUCUGAACAUCCCCCUUAGACUUUCAUUUGUAAAAUAAAAAAACGCAACUACG